AUGUCGGAAAAGCGUCGCACAAUCGGCCUUGAGGCUAGGAGCUACUCUCCAUGGAUCGCCAGCAACCCAUACAUUGUGGGCUCUUUCGCCUGUAUUGGCGGUGGAUUAUUCGGUCUCGACAUUUCGUCGAUGUCUGGCGUGCUCAACAAUCCCUACUGGCUUGACUUAUUCUACAACCCCCAGGGAGACAUUCAGGGUGCCAUUGUGGCCUCGAUGCCUGCUGGGUCCUUCGUUGGUGCCAUUUCCGUCGGUUGGCUCGCGGACCUCCUAGGCCGCAAGCGUCUCAUUAUCAUUGCUGGUAUCAUCUGGGUCAUCGGUUCCAUUCUCCAAUGUGCAUCUAUCAACCGAGGCAUGCUUGUCGUCGGUCGUAUCAUAUCGGGUAUCUCAGUCGGAAUCAGCUCCACUGUUGUUCCUGUUUAUCAGGCGGAGAUCACUGCGCCUAGUAUUCGGGGUCGCAUUGUAUCUCUGCAACAGUGGUCCAUCACUUGGGGUAUUCUGAUUCAGUACUUCAUCCAGUUCGGGUGCUCCUACAUCGAUGGAGUCGCUUCUUUCCGCAUACCUUGGGGUCUUCAGAUGAUACCGGCUAUCGUUCUCUCCGUAGGCAUGCUUGCAUUCCCUGAAUCGCCUCGUUAUUUGCUCGACAACGACCGUGGCGAAGAAGCGCUGCAAAUCCUAGCAGAUCUACACGGAAAGGGUAACCAGAAUGAUGAGCUUGUGCAACUCGAAUAUCACGAAAUCGUCCUUCAGAUUGAGAUGGAGAGAAAGGAAGGUCCAAAGGCAUGGAAGGACAUGUUUGCCCCUGGCAUUUUCCGUCGUGUGUUCCUUGGCAUGACUCUCCAAAUGUGGAGUCAGCUGACUGGCAUGAAUGUCAUGAUGUACUACAUUACCUACGUCUUUGCGGGCGCUGGUCUUACGGGUCGUCGUGCCAACCUCAUUGCUGCAUCGGUGCAGUAUGUGCUCAACAUGGUAUUCACCGUCCCAUCAUUCUGGGCUAUCGACUGGUGGGGACGUCGCCCACUUCUCCUUACGGGUACUGGCCUGAUGUCAUUCUUCCUGUUCCUGGUCGGCGGUCUUCAGGGUGGCUAUGGAGAGAUCCAAUAUGUGGCCGAUGCUGGAAGCAAUCAAUGGGUCAUUGUCGGGAAUUCGAGCGUUACCUACGGCAUCAUUGUCUGCUCGUACCUGUUCGUGGUCUCCUUUUCUUUCACCAUGGGUCCCGUAUCCUGGACCUACCCUUCGGAGAUCUUCCCGAUGAAAGUUCGAGCGAAGGCUGUCUCAUGGUCGACCGCUGCCAACUGGGCCUUCAAUUUCAUGCUCGCGUUUUCGGUCCCACCGGCGUUUAACAAUAUUUAUUGGAAGACCUAUAUGAUUUUUGCCACUUUUAAUGCAGCUGCAUUCAUCCAUAUCUUUUUCAUGUUCCCUGAGACAAAGGGACGUACUAUUGAAGAGAUGGAGGAGAUCUUCGCGGCCGGCCACGUGUUCACCGCUUGGAACGUUGGAAAUGACAUCGGUCGGCACAAUCUGGAAGAGAUCCGUCGGGAGGUUGAAGGCCGGCUCGGGACAGGCACCGAGAAAGUAGACCCGGAACUUGAAGAAGCGCUUGCUCACCCCGCUCAGACAGUUUAG